AUGUCGCUCUAUAUUUGCAAGUCUUGCUCAAGCAGUUAUGCACACAGCAGUAGUCUAGCUCGACAUGUAAGGCAACACAGAGAAAAGGCUCUAGGGAAGAGUCUAGAUCUGACCCAAGAAAUCUCUUCACAAGAAACAUCAGAAAUUGGAUAUAUCUGCUGUAUUACUUGUGACUCCAGAUUUCGUUUCGUACAAGAGUUAAUCCAACAUCUAACACAAGCUCACGAAACAACUGUUUAUACAGAGAAACAUGAGUUUUCUGGCUUUUCAGAGUUUUUAAGAUGGAAGGAGGGUGAAGAAACUCGAACCUGCACACAGUAUGUGCAGCCGUGUGGAUCCCGUGUCCGCUGUGGAGUACGUACUUGGUACUACUAUUGUAACAGAUCAGGAAAAUCUAGAUCAACCACAAAAGGCCUCAGAAAUUCGAAGUUGCAGGGCUCGGAAAAAUUAGGUGUCUACUGUACAGCUCACCUAAUUGUAAGUCAGCACACAGGAGGAAAUGUGCUGGUUAACUUUUGUUCCACGCAUUAUGGCCACACUCCAGAAGAAGAUGUAAUGCAUUUACGACUCCCUAAGGACUUCAAGCUAGCUGUAUUCAACAAACUGUUGCAAGGGGUGACGAUAGAUCGAAUUCUAGAUGACAUUAGAGACAGUGUCGAUGAAGGUGGCCUGAAACGGUGUCAUCAUAGCACAAAAAAAGAUAUCCAGAAUAUCAAAAGAGUGUGCAAUGUGGAUGGAGUACAAAAGCACUCAAACGAUUACACAAGUGUUGCUGCAUGGGUCGAAGAGCUGAAAAGCAUGGAAUUUUGUCCAGUUAUUGCUUUCAAACCGCAAGGGGUGUCUAGUGAAAGAGAAGGAGUGAAAGACAACGAUUUUUUGUUGGCACUUCAAACCCAGUUUCAGCUCGAGAUGAUGAAAGCUUUUGGAGGAAAUGUAAUUUGUGUAGAUGCCACCCAUUCAACUAAUUAUUACGAAUACCUGCUGGUAACUGUUAUGGUAGUUGACGAUUUUGGGGAAGGAAUUCCAGUUGCGUGGGCUAUAACUACACGAGAAGACACUUGUAUGCUGGCCUAUUUUUUCCUAGAAUUGAGGAAAAGAACUGGUCCCCUUUCCACACAAGUGUUCAUGUCAGAUGAUGCGACGCAGUACUGGAGUGCUUGGACAGCUGCGUACAGCAGUAUCAACACCACAAAACUGCUGUGUGCCUGGCACGUAGAUCGUGCUUGGAGAAAAGCUCUUAAGGAGCGUAUUCCUCUCAAUGAAAAUCGAAUUGACGUAUAUCACCAUUUGAGAACUUUACUGACAGAACUGCAACCUGACAAAUUCCGAAGUUUGUUGCAGAAAUUUAUCAAAUUGUCACCCACAAUUUUGCUCUUACUUUCAAAGAAAUUACACGCCAAGGGUGGAAGAGUGGGCAACCUGUUACAGAAUAGGCAAGUUUGUGAACACAAACAUGUAUUUGGAAUCUUUUCAUCGAGUACUGAAAAUUGUGUAUCUAGAAGGAAAGAAGAAUCGACGACUUGA